GCUUGACACGUUGGAAAGUGGCAGCAAAAUUUUCAAAGCGUUAUAUGGUACAGAUUUCCAUCGUUUUCCUUGUGUAUUCCCUCCCUUGCAAAAUGCAAUCGCUCUCGUCCUAGGGUUUCUGCAAUUUUAGUUCUCACCGGAGAAGACUCUAAUCUUUAUUGGAUACUUUCGUCCUCUGAAGCAGUCCGGCAAGGCAGCGCCGCGAUCAUCUCCGCCUGAUGUCGAGGACUCAGGUCACAAUCACAUUGGGCCGCUCCGGUCAAAGAGUGGUAAAACACCCAUCCGGUUAUGAUGGUGCUAGUGGCAGUGGACAGAGAUUAUCAGGGAGCAAGAGAUCACUGGCUGAGCCCUUUGUUAGUAAUGCCAAUGGUUAUUUGCUAACUAAAAGGAUAAAAGGGGAUGCGAGAACUCAAGGCUCCAGAUACAUUGGUCCCGUUGGUGCACGAAUUGGCAACAAUGAUCUCCGACUGAAACUGUUGCGUAAAAGAAUGUCUAAACAAAUUGUGGAGACUGAAGAGAGGAAGAAGAAACAGAUGCAAGCAAAGAUGUCUGGAAUUAUUCGAUCUACACAGCAGUAUGAGAGGAUCCGUUCGACUGACACUCCACUACCAAGAAGAGUACCUUUGGACCUAGCUGCUUCUGAUGGCCUGAGGACAAGAUCCCCAAACAGAGUUUUGAAAGAUUCUAGAGAGGUUGCUUCCUCAAGGAAUAUCAAUGAAUUUCAGCGUGUACCACUAACAAGGCCAGUUGAUGCAACAAGAACUCGCCUAAUGGGCAGUGAUCCUGCCAACCCUUCAAGGAGUAAUUUCCCUGCACCAGCUAUGCUGGGUGUUGCAAAUGGAAGCGUGCCAAGAAGCUCAUAUCCCGAUCAAGAACCUGUCACUGUGACUGGCUUGUUGAAUGCACUUGGAUUGGGAAAGUAUGCUAUCCAUUUUCAAGCUGAGGAGGUGGACAUGGCUGCUCUGAAGCAAAUGGGGGACCGUGACCUGAAAGAGUUAGGGAUACCAAUGGGACCAAGGAAGAAGAUAUCAUUGGCUAUAAUGGCUUAUAAUAAAAAGCCAAAACCAACAUGACCAAUCACCUGUAUGCUUACUGUAUUGAACAUAAAACAUCAAAUUGUGUCAAUAUAUACAUUUGAAGGCUUUUGAAGUGAACAUGCCACCUGUGAGAAUUUGUGUCUGAACAAAGUAGCACUGAGAUCUUGAUUGUAUAGAGGGAGAAGAUCUCUGUUUUGAAUGUGUGCACUGUAUAGUAGUCAUCUUGGUGUAUCUUAGCUAAGUCAUUCAGAAACUAUGCAAAAUGUUUUGCCAUUGCUUGAAAUUGAUAUAUACUGCAUCCUACAUUCCUACA